UUUUUUUACGUAUAUAUAAUUAACUAUAUCUCUAAUUCUAGGGUUAUAAACCUCUAUAAAGAGGUUUUAGUUAUAAUAUUAGUUAUAUACUAUCUUAUUAUAUUAAAAGAACUAUUAUUUAUUAUAAAACUACUAACUCUCUUUAUUAAGGAUUUUAAAAAGGUUAUUAAUUACUACGGCUCUUUCUUAAUUCUAUAUAAUAAAGCUAUUUACUUUAUAUAUUAA